ACGGAUGGCGACGUGAUGGCGUCACCGGCUCUGGAUGGGGGCGUGGUCCUCCAGCCAAGCUCCCUUUCAGCGCGUGAGAGGGCGCCCACUGGGCCUGCGCGGGAGGCCAUGGCGCACCGCUGUCUGUGGCUGUCGCGGGGCUGCUGCCGGCGCCCUCAGCGGCUGCUUUUAAGCAGAGGAGCGUUGGCGGCAGCGGAGCCUUCGCGGCCCCGGAGUGCGCUUCCUGACCAAGUGGCUACCCAAGUUCUUACAAGCAGAAAUAAUGUUUUUGUAAAUGUAAUUGCUGCUUACAGAAGGCUGUUGUCACAACCGCCAAAAGGGUUUGAAAAAUAUUUUCCUGAGGGUAAGAAAACUAAUGAAACAAAAGGUUCAGAUGGAGAAACCAAAGAUGUAAAGCAGGCUAAUUCCCAGCGACCUCCCAGGACUGGUGGUGGUGGAGGCGGUGGUGGAGGAAAGAAAGGUGGCAAGAAAGAAGAUGCUAGCUGGUGGUCCAGAUUACAGAAGGGUGACUUUCCUUGGGAUGACAAAGAGUUUCGUUUCUAUUUCAUGGGCAGUGCUAUUUUCUGGGCUGCUGUUACAUAUUACUUUUUCUUCAGGAAUUCUGGAAGAGAAAUUACAUGGAAGGACUUUGUCAACAACUAUCUUUCUAAAGGAGUAGUGGACAAGCUGGAAGUGGUGAACAAGCGCUUUGUUAGAGUAGUCUUUACACCAGGAAAGUCACCAAUUGAUGGACAAUAUGUCUGGUUUAAUAUUGGAAGUGUGGACACUUUUGAGCGGAACUUGGAAACAGCACAACUUGAGAUGGGAAUUGAAGGGGAAAAUAGGUUACCUGUAGUGUACUCAGCAGAAAGUGAUGGUUCAUUUCUUCUGAGCAUGUUGCCAACAGUUCUUAUAGUUGGCUUUUUGCUGUACACCUUAAGAAGAGGGCCUGCUGGAAUGGGCCGGACAGGACGGGGAAUGGGUGGACUAUUCAGUGUGGGUGAAACAACAGCCAAAGUCCUAAAGGAUGAAAUAGAUGUGAAGUUCAAAGAUGUAGCUGGCUGUGAAGAGGCUAAAUUGGAGAUAAUGGAGUUUGUGAACUUUCUGAAAAAUCCAAAACAGUAUCAAGAUCUUGGAGCGAAGAUUCCAAAGGGAGCUAUUCUGACAGGACCACCAGGCACAGGAAAAACUCUUCUAGCAAAAGCAACAGCUGGAGAGGCCAAUGUCCCAUUCAUCACAGUCAAUGGGUCUGAAUUCUUAGAGAUGUUCGUUGGCGUGGGUCCUGCUAGAGUUCGGGAUUUAUUUGUACUGGCUCGUAAAAAUGCCCCUUGCAUUCUCUUCAUUGAUGAAAUAGAUGCAGUCGGAAGAAAGCGAGGACGGGGUAACUUUGGAGGGCAAAGUGAACAAGAAAAUACACUCAAUCAACUAUUGGUAGAAAUGGAUGGUUUUAAUACCACAACAAAUGUAGUUAUUCUGGCAGGCACCAACAGACCAGAUAUCCUAGACCCUGCACUUAUGAGGCCAGGACGUUUUGAUAGACAGAUUUUCAUUGGGCCACCAGAUAUAAAGGGCAGAGCAUCUAUUUUUAAAGUUCACCUUAGACCUCUAAAGUUGGAUGCCAGCUUGAAUAGAGAUAAUUUAGCACGGAAACUUGCAUCACUUACUCCUGGAUUUUCAGGUAGGCAUUCUGUACAAUUAAAAUAUUUCCUCAUUGUUGUUCUAAUCAUAGGAUUGGAAAAAAAGACACAGGUAUUGCAGCCAGAGGAGAAAAAGACAGUAGCAUAUCAUGAAGCCGGCCAUGCAGUUGCUGGAUGGUUUCUGGAACAUGCUGAUCCACUUCUGAAGGUAUCUAUUAUUCCUCGUGGCAAAGGCUUGGGUUAUGCUCAGUAUUUGCCGAAAGAGCAGUAUUUGUACACCAAAGAGCAGUUGCUUGACAGAAUGUGCAUGACUCUAGGAGGGCGUGUGUCAGAACAAAUCUUCUUUGGAAGAAUAACGACCGGAGCCCAAGAUGACCUAAGGAAAGUUACACAGAGUGCAUAUGCUCAGAUUGUUCAGUUCGGGAUGAAUGAAAAGGUUGGGCAAAUUUCAUUUGACCUUCCUCGGCAAGGAGACAUGGUGUUAGAAAAACCAUACAGUGAGUCAACUGCAAGAUUAAUAGAUGAAGAGGUACGGAUACUUAUUAAUACAGCUUAUGAACGGACACUCUCCCUCCUGACUGAAAAGAAAGCAGAGGUUGAAAAGGUUGCUUUACAACUUCUGGAGAAAGAGGUUUUGGAUAAGAGUGAUAUGGUUGAAAUGCUUGGCCCCAGACCGUUUGCUGAAAAAUCUACAUAUGAAGAGUUUGUUGAAGGCACAGGGAGUUUAGAUGAAGACACCUCACUUCCAGAAGGCCUUAAAGACUGGAACAAAGAUCGUGAGAAGGAGAAAGAGGAGACAACAGACGAGCAGAUUGCCAGACAGAUUACAGGAGACAUGCCUUUUUAGUGUUGAAAUAUGAUGUGGUAUAUUAAGCUGACACAGUGUUUGCACCACACACUGAAAAAGAUUGGAGAAAUACUCAAGGAUCUGGUCUCUGGCAAUCUUGUUUUACAGAAACAGGCAAAGCUGUAGCAUUUAUGGAGCUAGGAAGGAGAUGGACAUUUUUUAAUUUACAGGAGAUUAUUCCAGUUCCAUUGAAUGCUGUUUCUCCUGAGGGGGGAAAAUUGAGAUUUUGCAACUACUACACUAAGACCCUUCUAGCUUUAUGACUCUCCAGAUUCAUAUCCAAACUGUGUAAGUCUAGGCCAUUACAGGAUGAUGAUAACUCAGAAAAAUCAUCUGCCUGCAGGAAGAGCAUUGCUGCCAUUUACCAGGAGGCCAAAUAAUAUAAGAUACUCCUGUUCUUGGGAAACUCCCACUUUUCAUCCACCUACCUAUUUAAAUGUAUCCCUUUGCCUUGCAGUUUAAAAAACAAAACUAUGUGGUUGUCAGUCAUGAAACUGGAAGAGUUUUUCCAUUGAUGUUAUGGGUCAGAGGCUACAAUGACGUGUAAAACCUAGAUGAUAUUACUGCAGUUUUAAUAAAGUUUUUUUUUCUACAGGCAAUUGUAACAUAUUGAACAUAUGAAUGAAUGUAUUGUAUUUUGUAAAUAUGGUUUGGGAGCCUUCAAUAAAAUCAGCUGUUAUGAGACACUACAAA